GUGCAGUCUGUCGCAAGUGUAGACGUCAUGCUCAUUUGAGGAAUACAUCACGGCUGCUGUAGUAGCACUAGUAUGCAGCACGUUUUGUGUGCAGUAUUAUCGUAUGGACAAUAGUGUGUUAUUUUGAGCGUUUAUGCUGCGUGGAGCCGCUGCAUUUGCAGAAAGCAGAAAGUAGCGCAUGACGCCAUGAGCUGAGCGCCGAAACAUUGAGAUCAAAGGCACCGCAGCUGAGCUCAGAGACACUGGCCGCGAGCGCUUACAUUUGUUGCCAUGCAGCAGUCCGAGAGCGGCGGAGUGGCGGCGACGUCUGAAGUCCAGUUGAACGAGCAGCCGAACGCGCUUAUCGCGUGUAAAGUGCCCGAGGAGGUGUUUAAUGAGCAUCAGUUAAAGGAGCAAUUUGAGGCUUUAUUCCGUGCGUUUGAUCCGGGCACAUCGUUCCAGUUCUUCAAAAGCUUCAGACGGGUUCGGAUCAACUUCACAGAUUCUCUGGCUGCAGCUGACGCCCGAGUCAAACUCCACAAGAGUGACUUCAAUGGAAAGGAGAUGCGUCUGUAUUUCGCUCAGUCCGUACAUAUCGGCAGCCCUCGUCUUGAGCCUCCCAAACCAGAGAAGCAGUUCCUGAUCUCUCCUCCAGCGUCGCCCCCUGUUGGAUGGGAGCAGUCUCUGGAUGCCAAACCAGGCAUAAACUAUGACCUGCUGUGUGCUUUGUCCAAACUGGGACCAGGUGAGCAGUACGAACUUCAUACCGGAACCACCGACACACCCAGCGUGAUCGUACACGUGUGCGAAGAUGACAGCUCAGGAGGCGAGGAAGAAACAGAGGGCGGCAAACGUGCACGCCCUAGAAUCAUUCAGACGCGCCGCCCAGAUUAUGUCCCUUCAGAAAACCAGUGAGCGAGUCCGGGCCGUUUGAUCUGCUUGACCAACAUGAGAAGAACUGGAAAGCAUGCAGUUUGUCAUCCUCACCACCGGGGGGGUGGUGAGCAUCAGAGCCUCUAACUACAUAGCGAGGACGUUGAUCAUUCUCAUAAUCUCAUGUUUCAUUUCUUAAGCUCCAUCGCAGAUGGAAUCAGGGACUUGAGAAAGUUUCUCUCGUAUAAAAAAUGUCAUUAUUUGCUUGACGUCACAACUGUGUAUUUUAAUAAACCGAGAGAAUAGCGAUUGAAAAUGCGAGAUCGCCGCUGACUUACACAAGAAACGUUUGUGUAGCACAAAGAAACUGAAUAUUGUGUCUGAAGUGUUCAGUGUGUAUUAUUUGGGGCCACUUAACAUGUACUCACCGUCGUUAUCAUGUAUCGUCUCUAAUGUUAAAGGAAUAGUUCACUCACAAAUGAAAAUUCAGUCAUUAUUCACUGAAUAUCUUCCCAUCCAUCACCGCUAUCAAUUCUCAUUUGUUUAUGCACAAACUCGCAUUGUGCAUCUCGUAACCGAACAUGAUGCCCUGCAUGUAGUACGCAAAUAGGGGAAUAUUCUACAUCUUUUGUAUUCGACUGAAGAACGUCAAACCGGUUUUGAACAACAUGAAGGUGAGCAAUCGAUGACAGAAUUUUCAUUGAAGUGAACCAUCCCUGUAAUUCAAUUAAGCACGUUUGUACAGUCUUUGAAAAGUCAUUAUUGUUGCUGAAAUACUUCACAAACUCCAAGUAUUAUGCACUUUAAGAAUAGAGCCUUAUACCGUGGUAAACGGACAACAUCAAGUACUUGUCUUUGUUUAUUGAAUCGCUCUUGUGCUCUGUCUUUGGAGAAGUUGUCCUCUUUACUGUAGGAGACAUUCGAAUGUCAUCCAGUGACUUAAAGCAACUAUAACUUGCUGUGUAUAUUUGAUGUAUUUGAAUGUAGCCCAUAUCUUAAAGCUUCAGGAUUUCAAUAAAAAACACAAAUGAAUCUCAUUCAUUAGGUAGCGAGUAUAUGGAGCGAGAAAGCCAUUAACCUACCUUUUAAUUAAACAAUCUUGACCAACGAACUGAUUCAAAGG